GUUUCUCGUUGAACUACGAUUUUAUUUCUAGCACACGUGUUUUUUAAAUCACCAUAUACAUUUCUGCACUUUUGUUCAUUCUAUUUCAACCAACCAUCAUCGUCUCCCAAACUCACACUCACACUCACACAAGUCCAAACAUGUCUACUGCAACACUUCACGUGCUGGCAUACCCCUUUCCAGCAUCCGGUCACGUGAUCCCCCUCCUGGACUUCGCCAAGGUCCUUCUCUCUCGCGGUGUUAAAGUCACCAUUCUCGUCACCCCAAAAACCCAUCCCUUGGUCGCAACCAACCCUUCUCCUCUUCUCCAAACCCUACUCCUUCCCGAACCCCAGUUGUCAAAUCCCAACUUGAAAGAUCUGGCCGACCUUAUGAACUCAAUGCGUCACCACCACCACCCCUUAAUAGUGGACUGGGCUAAGACCCAGUCCACUCCCCCUUCAGCCAUUAUCUCCGAUUACUUCCUCGGCUGGACUCACCUCCUCGGAGAUGACCUCGGCGUGCCGCACAUCGUUUUCUCCCCCUGCAGCGCCAUCAGUCUUGCCGUCAUCAAUUCCCUAUGGCGCGACGCCCCGCAAAAUCACAACCCCCAAGACCCAAAUUCCGUCGUUUCUUUUCCCAACCUUCCCAACUCCCCGGUUUAUCCUUGGUGGCAGAUCACGCACCUGUACACUGACAACGAAAGAGGAGGACUCGAAUGGGAGCUUCACCGAGAGAACACACUCUUCAAUAUCGACUCCUGGGGCUUCGUUUUCAACACCUUCACCGAGGCGGAACAAGUUUAUAUAGACAACAUGAAGAAAGAACUCGGACACAAAAGAGUCUGGGCGGUGGGCCCGGUUAUACCGAUUCAAAACGGUUCGGCGGAACCGGUUGAGCAUGGAGGCAACAGCACCGUUUCGCAACGCGAACUCCUUGAAUGGUUGGACUCACGCGAGGAAUGUUCGGUUAUCUAUGUGUGUUUCGGGAGCCUUGCGGUUCUCACGAGUUCGCAGAUGGAGGUGUUGGCACAGGCUUUGGAACUCAGUGGGGUAAACUUUGUUUUGUCGGUUAGGGUUUCAGACCCUCAAGGGCGGGUACAGGGUAAGGCGGCAUGUGGGUUCAUGGAUCGGGAGGGAGUGAAGGGGAGGGGUUUUUUUAUAGAGGGGUGGGCACCGCAGAUGAUUAUACUGAAUCACCGCGCGGUGGGUGCGUUUCUGAAUCACUCUGGAUGGAACUCGAUGGUGGAAGCACUGCUUACGGGGGUGGUGAUGGUGACGUGGCCGACGGGUGGCGAUCAGUACCCAAACGCGAGACUCUUUGUGGAUGAAUUGGGUGUGGCGAUUCGUGGUGCUGAAGGUGAGAAGCUUCCAGAGGCUAGGGAGUUGGCGAAGAGUAUUCAGAAGGCUUUGGGGAAAACGAAGGAGAGAGAGAGGGCUGAAGAGUUGAGGGACGCGGCGCUGCGGGCAGUUAGGAGUGGUGGUAGCUCGCAGAGGGAGUUGGAUGAUUUGUUGAAGCUUCUCAACGAAGUUCACCUUGGGAAAAACGCCGCUUAAAACUUGCUUUUUCUAUUAAUUAAGUAUUUAUUCAGAUUAUCCGCAGCAUUUUAUUUUAAUAAAUAAAGUAAUUAGCUUAUAAUUUGUUGAGUCA